AUGACUACCUUUAAAAAACUUGUUGGGAUUGUUUUGAUCAUGGCAAUCGGUCUCUUCGUUUCAUUUGACGCAAUACCCGCAUCUUACAGCGGCGGUGUUGGUAAUAGUGGAAUGUUGCAACUCGCCAUAUUCUUGUCACCGUUAAUUAGCGACAGCGACGGUAGUGGUAGUGGAUAA